AUGGAAAAUUGCCUAAACAAAGACUUAAAGUCUUUGGCAUUGCAUUGUAUUGCAGCAAUAUUUUAUUUUAAUAGUGCACAAGAGUAUGGAGAACUAGCUAAUGAGUGUUCAGAUGUUUACUAUUCAUAUGGCAAAGCUUUGUUGGAACUUCAUAGAUUGGAAUCCACAACUCUUGGAAACGUUUUGAAAAGCGAUGAUGAUGAUGCACAAGAAAAUGAGAAUGAUGACAACAGUUCGGCUCAUAGUGGGUCAUCAGAAGAAUUGGUUGAUGAAGAAUAUGAAGAGUAUGCUGAUAAUAAAUCUGCUAAAAACAGUAAUGGCGAAGAAUCAGUGAAAAAAAUUGAGAAGAGUUCUGAACAACCACAAAGUGAAUGUACAUCUAAUAAUAACAAUGGGACAUGUGCCAAUGCAAAUGAAUCUAAUGAUGCAUCAACAUCUAAACUUCAUUCCAAGGAACUUGAAGAGGAAGAUGUUUCUUCACUUCAACUGGCUUGGGAAGUUCUGGAAUUAGCUAAAGUUAUAUAUUUAAGACAAAAUUCAUCUGACGCUAAAUUAAAACUGUCUGACACAUAUUUUAGAUUGGGAGAUGUGAGUUUAGAAUCAGAACGAUUUGAGGAUGCAGUAAAAGACUAUGAGAGGUGUCUGAAUUUGCAACAAGAACAUCUACCAUGUGACAGCAGAUUAAUAGCUGAGACACUUUAUCAAUUAGGUCUAGGUUAUACUUUAAAGAACGAUUACAAACCAGCUUCUGAGUUUUUUCACAAGACUAUUGAGCUGUUGGAGAAAAGAAAAGACCGAUUAAAAAAAGUUUCAGAAGGAGUAUUAGAUCCAAGGCCUGACGAUGCAGGUGAUGGGUUUUACACUCCAAUUGAAUUAGCUGACAGAGAAAUUGUCGAACUUGAAGCUCUUAUCAAAGAAAUUUAUUUAAAAAUAGAUGAAAUAAAAGAUGAAGAAUGCAACGCCGUAAAGGUGUCCAUACUGAUGAAAGAAAGUCUGACACCCACUAAACAAUCUACCAGUUCAACGGCUGUAACAAAUGAUGAAAAUUGCACUAAUUCCAAAUCUAACAACGAUGAACAGAAAAGCACUGAAGAAAUGACUGAAGAAAAAAAGAAAAUAAAGCUCGAGUUAUAA